CAAGGAGCGGAUAGUCGUCUCCAAGUCAGUCCGAUCACUGCACUCAUCUGCUAGUGCACAAGCGCAAAACGUUGAUCAAUGUCCAUCCCCCUUGCUCGCACUAGAGAGGACUGGCAGAGUCGAAUAGCUGAGAUGCAAAUCGAUCGAGAUGAUCUGAACCGCCUCGUCAUGGACUAUCUGGUGAUCGAAGGAUUCAAAGACUCGGCUCAAAACUUUGCCAGAGAGUCGGGCUUGACGCCGACUGUAGACUUGGACUCAAUCGAGUACCGCAUGGGAAUUAAGAAUGCUAUCCAACGUGGUGAUGUGGACGAAGCGAUCAGCAAAGUCAACGAUCUUAAUCCAGAGAUCCUAGACCAAAACCCCGAUCUGUUCUUUCACCUUCAGCAACAGAGGAUGAUUGAGUACAUUCGGCAUGGGCAGAUCGCUGAAGCUCUCGCGUUUGCCCAACAAGAGCUGGCCCCACGAGGGGAGGAAAACCCGGUCUUUCUCAGCGAGUUGGAGCGCACUAUGGCUCUCCUAGCGUUCGACACCAGUCUCAGCGGGAAUGGGUCUAUUCCGAACAACAACCCUAAUGCACCGCCCCCACACAUCCAAGAGCUCCUCUUGCCGGCCCAGCGUCAGCGAACUGCCGGCCAGUUGAACUCGGCUAUCCUUACCUCACAGUCUCAUGGGAAAGACCCUAAGCUACCGAACCUCCUACGGAUGAUGAUUUGGGGCGACUCGCUGUUAUCUGCUCGGGCAGACUUUUACAAACCCGAUCUGUCUGACCUCCUCAACCGGACCGAAGCCGGCUCGUCUAAUACUCUCCCCACCGAGCCCCCACCGGCUCACCCAACUGCUCAUGGGGAAACCGAGAGUGGAAUGAUGAUCCUAUGA